AUGCUCACUGCCUCCAUCUUCCGUCCGACUCUGCUGCUCUGCUGGCUUGCUGCCCCCCAGCCAGCCCAGCCUGAGGCACUCUUCCAUAGCCGGGACCACUCGGACCUGCAGCUGUCGCCCCUGCACCAGGCCAAGCCCAUCGCUGACCUCCAUGAUGCUCAGCGCUUCUUGUCCAGGUACGGCUGGGCCGGUGCGCCCGCGGCCGGGGGUCCCAGCCCCGAGGGGCCGCCGAAGGUCCCCGCGGGCGCCGCCCUGGCCGAGGCCGUGCGCAGGUUCCAGCGGGCGAACGCGCUGCCGGCCAGCGGGGAGCUGGAUGCGGCCACGCUGGCGACCAUGAACCGGCCGCGCUGUGGCGUCCCCGACACGAGCCCGCCGCCCCCGGCCGCCCGGUCGCCGCCGCCCCGGGCCCGCCCCCGGCGCUUCCUGCAAACGCUGCUGCCGCGCAGGAGGCGACAGGAGACGCCGGCCCCGGGCGCCGCCAGGGCUUUCUCCAAGAAGACCCUGAGCUGGAGGCUGGCGCGCGAGGCCCCCAGCGGCCAGCUGUCGCUGCACGAGCAGAGGGCCAUCUUCACACUGGCCUUCAGAAUGUGGAGCGAGGUGACGCCGCUGCACUUCCGCGAGGACCUCACCGCCCCCGGGGCCACCGUCGACAUCAAGCUGGGUUUUGGGAGAGGCCGGCACCUGGGCUGUCCUCGGGUUUUUGACGGGAGCGGGCAGGAGUUUGCACAUGCCUGGCGCCUGGGAGACAUUCACUUUGACGACGACGAGCACUUCACGCCUCCCAGCAGCGAUGCGGGCAUCAGCCUUCUCAAAGUGGCCGUGCAUGAGAUUGGCCAUGUCCUCGGCCUGCCUCACAUCUACAGGACGGGAUCCAUAAUGCAGCCCAAUUACAGUCCGCAGGAGUCUGCGUUUGAGCUGGACUGGUCAGACAGGAAAGCAAUUCAAAAGCUGUACGGUUCAUGUGAAGGAUCAUUUGAUACUGCAUUUGACUGGAUUCACAAAGAGAGAAACCAAUAUGGGGAAGUGACGGUGAGAUUUAGCACAUAUUUUUUCCGCAACAGCUGGUACUGGCUUUAUGAAAAUCGAAACAACAGGACACGCUACGGGGACCCUAUCCAAAUCCCCAUUGGCUGGCAUGGGAUCCCCACACAGAACAUAGAUGCUUUCAUCCACAUCUGGACGUGGAGAAGAGAUGAACGUUAUUUUUUUAAAGGAAAUCAAUAUUGGAGAUACGACAGUGACAAGGAUCAGGCCCACACAGAAGAUGAACAAGGAAAACGCUACCCCAAAUCGAUUUCAGAAGGAUUUCCUGGCAUCCCAAGUCCCCUGGACACUGCCUUUUAUCACCGAAGACAGCAGUUAAUUUACUUCUUCAAGGAGUCCUUUGUUUUUGCAUUUGAUGUCAACAGAAAUCAAGUACUUAAUUCUUAUCCAAAGAAGAUUACUGAAGUUUUUCCAGCAAUAAAACCACAAGACCAUCCUUUCAGAAGUAUAGAUUCAGCUUACUACUCCUAUGCACACAACUCAAUUUUCUUUUUCAAAGGCAAUGCAUACUGGAAAGUAGUUAAUGACAAGGACAGACAACAGAAUUCUCGUCUGCCUUCUAAUGGUUUACUUCCAAAAAAGUCUAUUUCAGAGAAGUGGUUUGACGUUUGUGAUGUCCAUACUUCCACACUGAACAUGUAA